CAACAUGCAGAUCUUUGUGAAGACCCUGACUGGCAAGACCAUCACCCUCGAGGUGGAGCCCAGUGACACCAUUGAGAAUGUGAAGGCCAAGAUCCAGGACAAGGAAGGCAUUCCCCCUGAUCAGCAGAGGCUGCACUUCGCUGGCAAGCAGCUGGAAGAUGGUCGCACCCUGUCUGACUACAACAUCCAAAAAGAAUCCACCCUGCACCUUGUCCUGCGCCUGAGGGGGGGCAUGCAGAUUUUUGUGAAGACCCUGACUGGGAAGACCAUCACCCUUGAAGUGGAGCCCAGUGACACCAUUGAGAAUGUGAAGGCCAAGAUCCAGGACAAGGAAGGCAUUCCCCCUGAUCAGCAGAGGCUUAUUUUUGCUGGCAAGCAGCUGGAAGAUGGCCGCACUCUGUCUGACUACAACAUCCAGAAGGAAUCCACCCUGCAUCUCGUGCUGCGCCUGAGAGGUGGCAUGCAGAUCUUUGUGAAGACCCUGACCGGCAAGACCAUCACCCUCGAGGUGGAGCCCAGUGACACCAUUGAGAAUGUGAAGGCCAAGAUCCAGGACAAGGAAGGCAUUCCCCCUGAUCAGCAGAGGCUGAUCUUCGCUGGCAAGCAGCUGGAAGAUGGUCGCACCCUGUCCGACUACAACAUCCAAAAAGAAUCCACCCUGCACCUUGUCCUGCGCCUGCGGGGUGGUUGUUAAGUUAUUGUGCAUCUUGCUUGUCAACCAAGAUUGCCAAUAGCAGUUGUUUGCACUUUAGUUAUUCAAUGUCUUAAAUUUAAUGCAAGCUUAAGUAGCUGCUGAACAGCUGUUGUUGAAAUGCUAAUAAAGUUUUCUGUUGCACAUUACAACUUGUAGUCUGUCUCAGUCCAAGGUAGUAAAACUGGUGUGUUUAAGUGACAUGCUCACUGUGGCUUUCUUCCCAUGGCAUUUUAAGCCUCUUUGCAUGUAUAAUGAGGACCUUGUGGAUGAAAGAGAUCUGGAUUAAAGUCUUUAAUUUAAGCACUAAUA